UUCACGAAGUUUCGGUUAGUAUGCGUACAUUAAAGAAUCAUUUAAAAGAAGCUGGACUGUACAGAAGACGUAACUACUCUCCACUUCAUGAGGUGAGGCAUGCCGUUAUGACUGAGCUGAGAGGACCAGGACAAUUGUUCGGCUAUCGGACAAUGUGGCAAGUUCUCAAACAAAAGCACAAGCUGCGUGUCAAACGUAGUGAAGUUAUGAAGCUUCUGAGGCAGCUGAAUCCUCAAGGAACCGCUUUGAGGACCCGCAGGAGAUUUACAAGACGCACGUAUCACUCCAUGGGUCCCAAUUACAUUUGGCAUGCAGAUGGGUACGACAAACUGAAGCCCUUCGGCUUGGCCCUCUCAGGAUGUAUUGAUGGCUUUUCAAGAAGAAUGAUGUGGCUUGUUUGUGGACCGACAAACAACAACCCGUCUGUCAUCGCUCACAAUUAUAUAAACUGUGUCAAAAGUCUCGGUGUUAUACCAAUGAGACUACGAACAGACCUAGGGACAGAGAAUGGGACUAUGGCAGCAAUACAGUGUACCCUCCGUCAUGCGCAUACAGACUAUUAUGCUGGCUUCUCAAGUCACAGUUACGGAACAUCAACAGGGAAUCAACGCAUCGAGUCAUGGUGGUCUUUUUUCAGAAGAGGGAGGUCCCAGUUUUGGAUGGACUUGUUUGGGGACCUAAGAGACUCCGGAAACUUCAACGGAAGCCAUGAACAUCAGUGCUUGCUGAGAUUCUGCUUCAUCUGUGUUCUGCAAAAAGAUCUGGAUGAAUGCAAAGACCUCUGGAACAAACACAGGAUCCGGCCAAGCCGACUUGCAUCAUGUCCUGGCGGGAUUCCAAAUGAACUAUAUCUUUUGCCUCACAGAUAUGGUUCAAGGGACUGUGGAUUUGCUGUUGAAGAGAGACAACUUGAUGUGUUCCCUGAAGCAAGACAAGCUGCUGAACUGUGUGGUGAUCCAAACAUUGAGGAGUACCUACAGCAGGCUGUUCAACAAAAUGGACUACAGCAGCCAAAUGACUGGGAAUCAGCAUCUGAACUGUAUUUAACUCUCAAGAACAUAGCCAACUUUUAGACACAAAUUAAUUCAACCAGUUUGUAAUCUUGUUUCCUGUUCCACUUGGUAAAUUGAACUGAUGUUGAUUAUAUUCAUCACUACAUACACAGCGACAUAUAUUGAUUUAAACAUUUUUUAUUGAACCCUGUAUUCAGUUUGAACUCAUUAGAAAAACAUGACAUUUUACAUUUUCAAUAAAACACACAAAAAAAAGGUGUACAUCAUUUUAUAAACAUAAAUGUUUCAGAUAUGUGAAGUUGUUUAACUCAAUGUGUUUUACAAGUGGGUUUACAGCAGGAACAUGCCAACACAUUGCAACUACAUUAGAUGUCAGUAACAGACAUUUUAUGGAUGACCAAAACUUAGAUAAUUAGAAAUAAAAACAAAUAUAUCAAUGUACCAAGAAAA